AAUAUCCGAGUUGCUCCUGAACGCACCGCGCUGACAGCGACGCAGCAGCAGUUGUCAGCAGAACAUUCUUCAGUCAAAGUCAACUUUUCCUCUUCACCAACACCUUGAGCACCUUGGACAGGUGUCCCCUGGACUCUGUCGAAAUGUUUCUGACCAGCUUCUGCCUUCUUUUGGCGGCUGCAAGGCGCGCCAACUCUGACGGGCACUCUCUGACCUACAUCUACACGGCGGUGUCGGAGGGGGCGGUGCUGGCGGGGGCGCAGGAGUUCACGGCGAUGGGCGUGCUGGACGGUCACGUGAUCGACUACUAUGACAGCGUUGCCAUGGUGAAGGUGCCCAAGCAGGCGUGGAUGAAAGACAAGCUGGGCGCCAACUACUGGCGGCGAGGCAGCGAGGCGAGGCGGAGCAAGCAGCGCUGGUUCAAGGUCAACAUGGACAUCUUGCUGCAGCGCCUCAGACACAACACCUCAGGCCUGCACGUCCUGCAGUGGUUGCACGGUUGCCACGGCGACCUGCGGCCCGACGGCAGCGUGGAGUUCCGGCGCGGCGUCGACCGCUUCAGCUACGACGGCCGCAACUUCCUGUCCUUCGACUACGAGCGGGCGGUGUGGGUGGCGGCCUCCGACGCGGCGCUGGAGACCAAGAGGAAGUGGGACGAGGUGCACCUGCUGAAGGACUACACCCGCGCCUACCUGAACAAUGAGUGCGUCACCUGGAUGACUCACUUCCUCAAGUACCAGCGGGACGGCGUGGAGCAAGCGCAGCCGCCCGCCCUCUUCCUGUUCGCCAGGAAGUCGCACCUGGCCGACAAUCUGCUGCUCACCUGCUUGGCCACGGGCUUCUACCACAAGGACGCCAUCUUGGAGAUCCAGCGCGACCGCCGCGCCCUGACCCGGGAGGACGGGGUGACGUCUUCGGGCGUGCGGCCCAACGAGGACUCCAGCUUCCAGAGGCGGGACAGCGUGGAGGUGUUGAGGAGCGACGCCGCCGCCUUCACCUGCACGCUCCGACAUCCUGCGUCCGGUCUCAGCGUGGACGCACUUUGGGAUGGCGCCCCCACCCACAAAGGACUCAACGCCAUCGCCACCGCCGCCGUCAUCUCCGCCGCCGUUUGUCUGUUGGUGACGCUGCUGGUCUGGUGGCGGCUCUGCAGGAGGACCAAAGGGGAGGAGUCACCAGCGGCUGACAAGUUCCUGCACGGCCAGGUGAAAGGUGAGUCUCGCCGUGGCGCCGCUUCAAAGGCAGCGCUGACGCCACUUCCUGUCUUGGCGGACCCCACACUUACCUACUCGCUGGACUCGGGCGUGGACUCGGUUAUUGACGCGUCGCCGCAGGAAGUACAAGCCCGUCGUCUCUGUCCUGGCGCCGCUGCGGAGGACACACCCACCGCUGCUCACCUGCAGGAACCACCUGCUCUUCCCGCCGAGGCUCUUGAGUCAGCUCAGCUGCUGACCCCGGACUCACACCUGUGACAUCAUCCAUGUGGGCGUGGCCACGUCAGAAUCCCUGCUGUUCAUGAUGAAAUAAAUACCUUUGUGUUUCCAUGGUAA